AUGGUGGUUCAUGUUGCUGCAGACUAUCCCGUGAGCCUGGGUGUUAUCCAUGAUUGGGAUGCUACCGUUCGAAAUCAUGCCUCGCUCGCGGCUCUGACUGUGCUGGUCUACGAGUACUUCACCACUCUUUCCACCGAAGUUGCCGUGAUAUGGAGGGGUCAUUUUUCGGUGACGAAAGCUCUAUUUCUGGUCCUGAGAUAUGGUGCAUUGGCUCUCCAGAUUGGCUCUCAAACUUUCUUUGCCGUCGCCGAACAGAAGUAUCCGGUUCCCAAGACAUCUUGCUUAGCUUGGCACUCUUGCCAAACGGUCGUCUUUCAGAUUCUACUUUUGUCCGUAGAGUACAUUCAAGUAAGAAAAGUCUACGCCAUAUACUCAGAGUACCGAAAUUACUUUAUCUGCCUACGUAUCUUUCGGGUAUUCAACUUCGCCCUGGUCUCCUUCACCACUGUCUCUACACUCCGAAUCCUCUCGUAUGAUGGCGCAUGCUUAGUUGGGAACAUCCCGUGGCACGUCGCCUGCUUUGGGGCUCUGGCUUCUUCUACUCAAGUUAUUUUGACCUUCUUGACAGUAUGCCCGAAGGUGAUGUGGAGGAGCCACUCGGCAGUACUGUCUAUUGUGACUCGGGAUACGUUCCUUACUUGCGCUGGGCUACUAGCGAUGUGCAUCAUCAUUUCCACUCAUGCUUCAGUGCUGGCGCAUGUCAUACCGACGUCUGUUUCCUUCACCUUUCACCUUUCACCACCUUCCUGA